AUGUCUGACGCUCACAAGUACAAUUUUGUGUGUGAACAUGUCGAGGAAGCGUCCCAGAUGACCAAGGAAUUCCUCCUCACAGUGUACAGCAAGGGCAACGGCAACCCCAAUGAGUUGUCUUUGUAUGACACAAAAUCCAAGCGACUCUUCCUGAAGAGGGGUGUGUAUGAUCAAGAUGGUGCAUUCAGACUAGAAGAUCUCUUUAUCGGAGCAGAAGUGACGGUGUGUGCAAGGAAAAUGAAGAUCGUUUCCUUCGCUGACAAGCCCACCGAAGCCUUGUUCCAGAAGAACUCUGCUCAGGUCUACACCGUCAUCAGCGGUGCUGCGACAACACAGCUGGCUACCCUCUUCUUAGCAGCGUAUGAAAUGGGCUUCACGAUCAAGAGGGUGAAGACCCUUGCAGACGCUGGAGAGAUGGCAGUGCAUUUGGAACUAGUAGGACAGGGACUCGAUGUUUGGCAGGAGGCCAUUGAGCAGGUUUCAGAUGGCACAGCAAUUCGAACUGAGCUUGGUGGGCCUACAAGUGAGAAGGUAUUUGCCAGAAAGGAAUCAUCAGCCACCUUUGAGGGAUGCUCCCUGUGCAUCAUCAGGCCCCACGCAGUACGAGAGGGGAAGGCUGGCGCAGUCAUCUCUGCCGUCAUGGAAGCAGCGCUUCAGAUAUCUGCAUUGCAGAGCUUCGUGCUGCUGAAGAGCCAGGCAGAGAACUUCUAUGAGGCAGGACGGUAG